GAAGACUGUAUUUUAACUUAAGUCAUUAGAAAUGCUUACAUUUUAACCACUAAAUUCAACAAUUUUCUUCUCAAUUAAUGAGAUAUUCCGCUGAAUAUCGGUCUUCAACUUUUGCAUAAUGUGAUCCAAGUGCGACGUUCAAGCCUUGAAAUACACGGCGCAUGCUUAUGAGAUAUUUACGUCACGUGAUUCGCAUCGACCCGGAAGACAUUUGUAUUUUUAACAGAGGCGAUCAGGAACGUUGAUAUUUUUAAACAUUGAAUUCAACAAUGGGCUGCUCGAAUAAUGAGAUAUAUCGCUUGAUAUUAGCCUUCACUAUGUGCCUUUGUCUUUUCGUAAACAACGGACUGGCGGGUAAAAUGAAGAUAGUUGAAGCGCCGAACACAUUUGGGAUUAACAACAACAUUUUGGCUCAGGGAAACAGAAUGCAGGCGAGAGUGCUGCCGUCCCCGGUGUCUGGACCUGCACACCUUCAUCGUUUGGCUGGGAAGUGUUUCAGUCUUACUGAGUCAACGUAUAGAUAUGAGUUAUGCCCAUUUCACAACAUCACCCAACAUGAACAAUCAUUCAGAUGGAAUGCCUACAGUGGGAUCUUGGGGAUUUGGCAGGAGUGGGAAAUAGAAAACAACACAUUUAAGGGCAUGUGGAUGAGAGACGGAGACACAUGUGGCACCAGAAACAGAGAGGCAAAGGUGAUUCUUGUGUGCAGCGCCCACAGCAAGGUUGCUCAGGUCUCGGAGCCCAGCACAUGCGUGUACUCACUAACGUUUGAGACGCCACUUGUUUGCCAUCCACAUUCUCUUUUAGUAUACCCCACCCUGAGUGAGACGCUGCAAAAGCGAUGGGAUGAGGCAGAGCAGGCCCGUUAUGAAGGUCUUAUCACUGAGCAAGGAUAUGGAAAUCUCCUGAGGGAUAUAUUUGAAGAUGCUGGGUUCCUGAAGAGUCACAAAGUGAAAGUAAAGUUACCCGAGGCUGCUGUUCAAUGGGAAACACACAGCUCUUUAGAGAAAUGUAAUGAGGACUUCCAAAAACAGCAAGAAGAGAUUGAAAGACUGCGAGCCCUCCUCACUCAUCACAAUAUUCCAUUCCAUUCACAAACAGAUGGAACAAAAGGGGCCGGGACCACAACUAUGCUGCAACAUUUACGAGGGGAUGCCGGCUGAAAGUUUUUUUUCCUCUAAGAGGCGUUGAUAAAGAAAAGGGGACAUGUUGGAAUCAACAUUAAUAUCCCAAAUUUGGGAUACAUUGUGUUAAAAAUACUCUUUAAUUUAUUUACAAAAUGUUUUGAUGAAAAACCUUUUAAUUUAAUUAAAAAGACACCUACGGCUCAA